UUUAAUUCCCGAAAAACCCUCGCCUCUCGCCAGGGUUUUCUUUCCUCUCUACUCGAGCCGAACCGAACCCAAAGGGAGAGAAAUCAGGACUGCGGAGUUUGGAGUAGUCGAGUCGCACCAGGCGGAAGGGGUCACAAUGAGCGUAGCAGCGGCGCCGGAGAAGACUGAGGAAGAGCUUCGAAAGGAGAUCGAUGAGCUCCACCGCCAGCAGCGGCAGAUAACGGAACGGUUACGUGAUCCUAGAGGGCUCCGACGUGGAGGUCUGCCCGGUGGCGGCCCGAGGAACUUCGCCUCCAACGGCGGUCCUCAGCGAGGGUUUGUUCGGCCGGCGGAUAGGAAUGACUCAGCGGAUCAACCACCUGCAAAGAAACGGCUUCUGUCUGCUGUUGUCAAGACUGAGGAUGGCGAGAUAGUCGAGCUCGGUGCUAAGAAUGGGGUUAAUGAGGAAGAAUCUACUGUUGCAGCCAUCAAUAAUCAGCAAGAUGAAGUAAAGCCGCUAAAUUUGCGUCCAGGUGGUUUACCUUGGAACCAACGACCACCGAGAAGAGAUUCAGACAUUCCACCUGAUGUGCAUGUGCCGAGGGUUUUACCGAAGAAUGAGGACCCUAGCUUGGUUAGCAGAAACAAGAGGAUGUUGGGGCAGCUUCUAGGUACCUUGGAGAAAUUCAGAAAAGAGGAUAUGAAGCUCUCAGGGACUGAGGCAUACACAAAGAGGUCGAAUGCUUUGCAAAAGGCUGAACAAAGAGCCCGUGAAGAAAGUGAAAGGCUGAGACAGGAAGAGCGUGAGAAAAUAGCAGAAAAGAGGAGGAGAGAUCUGGUCCUUAGGGCAAGAGUUGCUGCAAAAGCAGAAGAAAAGAAGUUGGAGUUGCUGUUUCUUCGUUGGAGCGAUCAUCAUAAAAAGCUUUCCAAUUUUACAAGGAUAUUAGUUGAAUUCUGUUUGUACAAAAGAUCUUUAUUUGAUCCACAUUGUGAUGAUUAUUUCAUUUCAAUUUUCAGGAGCAAGACUGAACCUCAUAUUUAUUAUAUGCCAAAGAAACCACUGGAUGAAGAUGCAACCUUGCAACAGCAGCAUCAAGAACAGUUAUUUUCGGAAUGGAAGGCCGCCAAAAGAGAGGAGUUAUCCGAGUACCAGAAGCAGAUAGAGUCACAGUACCUUGAAAACGUUGAGAAAGAGCUAGAGAGGUGGCAAAAUGCAAGGAAAGCUAGGAGAGGUAAUAACAACGACGCAAACUUGCAAGAAACAAUGGACCAAGAGCUGGAGAGCCAUAGGCUCGAGCAUGGUCCGAAGACCACCAGAAAGAUCCCAGGUGACAACGAAGACCAAGAAGAUGACGAUGUGGAAGAUAUCAUUGUUGGGGAGGAUGAUAAUGACAUGAUGGAUGACGUGCUAGCUGCGGAGGAUAAUAACGACGCGAAAGUUGAUGACGUGCCAAAGACGGGCGAAGGUGGUAACAACAGCUCGUCACUGCCUAAGAAUCCCGAUCAGUGAUGAUGUGGAGGGUAAGCACCGCCCAUCCGUUUUGAAUUCUAAGUAUGGCUAUGUAAGCAUAUUGUGUUGUUCUUGAGGUAGCCCUUAUGUUGUUGAUGGGUUUUUGUUUAUUUGUUGUUUGUUCAGGAUUACUUUUUACUAGUAUUUGAUCUUCCUGAAUUGUAGUAGCAGUCUCAUGUUGUGGCUUUUCUGAUGUGGGUUCAAUUAUGCUGAAUAUACUUGGCUGUCUCUACUUUCUAGGGUUCCCGUGUUGUUGUUAUGCUUUGCCAGGAGAUACCACUUAAGAGGUGGGAAUGGGAAUGGGAAUGGAGUUGGAUCUGGUUGGAGUCUAAUCACACUUUUGGUUCUACUGCUUAGGAAGAUGAUUAUUUGGAUCCAGUCAAGCUUGUGGUCGAGUCAUUUAGAUAAGGAAUGGAUGGUGAUUGGUGAUUAGUGGAGCUGCUCUUUUUAAGUUGCUCUUUCCCUCUUUUCUUUUGCUUUUCCUUUGAUGGAGCUUUCUUCUGGUAGAAAGAUGGAUUCUUUCUUACUUAUGGCAGUAGCGUGUAAAAGAAGGUAGAUGACCAUGUGCCCUGUUUGAAGGUUGUUGAUGCUGUUAAAUUAUUGUUGGUGUAAAAGAGUGUAUUUUUUUUUUCUUCAUUUUUUGGUGUGGGCUGACGGUAAUUUGAGCACGGUUACAUUUACCGAACUUUGGAACCAUUAAUUGUUUAGUAAAAAAAAAACUGUGAUUUCUUAUACAUGAUUAUCUAUUUUUAGUUUGUAUGUGAACCAAAUGUAAACGAAUGUGUUACAUUAUUGUUGGUUAGGUCGAUGUGG